AUCCACCCCUUCUCGGCCCUCGGUCUGUCCGCUGGGGGCGCGCGCUGUGCGUGGCAGGCGGCUGGCGGCGUCGGCGGCCGUGUGUGCGGCUCGCGUGGCCGUGCGUGGUUGCUAAGGGCGCCUGAGGUCGCUCGCUCGCCCAGCAGGCCCAGCGAGAGAGCAACGCGGAACCGGCGCCGAGCCGGGGCGAAGCUGGGUUCCCUAGGGAGAUACAGCUUGGGAUUUAUUUCCUAAGAAAAAGUGGGUACGAUUCUUUUACUCCUCUUCUAUUUGGUACCAGGUCGAUAGACUUCCAUGAUGCAGCUGGUACUCCCCGAGGUGCGUGGCAGCUUACCUGGGUCAGGCCAUGAAGCCGUGUGGCUGUGAUGUGGGCCCCUCAUGGCCUCAGCAGGAACAGAGAGCUACAGUAUUGGCUUCCGCCGGGGAGCCAACUUCAAGCAGAGCAGUCCCUCAGGCACAGUGCCUGCCCUAUCACCUGAGAAACCCUCAGAGGGCAAAAUCUGGUCUCAGACCCAUCAGCAGGUGAAGCCAAUCUGGAAGCUGGAGAGGAAGCACGUGGGCACACUGUCAACAGGGCUGGGCCAAGGCCUCUCAGCGGUGCCACCACAGCCAGCCUAUUACUUUUGUCCCAGCACUCUAUGUAGUUGUGGGACUACAACUGUCAUUGCAGGCCACAGCAACCCCUGUUACCUGCAUUCUCUUCCAGACUUGUUCAGUAGUACCUUGCUGUGCCGCCGCUCCAACGAUCGGCACAAACCAUACCAGCAACUGGAGUCUUUUUGCUUGCGUCCAAACGCCUUAGAAAAAAGAUCUUGUUCACUCCCUCCCAAGGGCCUUCCUAUCUGUCUCACUGCCGGUAAAGCUGCUUCCAUGGUCUUCCCCAUGGCCCAGCCCUUGGCAUCCCCACCCGCAGACCCGUACCUCUCACUGGCAGCUGCUGGGGAAAACUCUUCAAGGAAGAGCUUGGCCUCUGCCAUCUCAGGGAAGAUCCCAUCUCCACCAUCAUCCUACAAGCCUAUGCUGAACAACAACUCCUUCCUGCGGCCAAACAGCACUAAAGUGCCUUUAUCGCCGACCACAGAGAGCCUGAAGCCAGUAUCCUCACCCAAGAUCCAGCCUGUUUCCUGGCAUCAUUCGGGGGGUACUGGAGACUGUGUACUCCAGCCUGGUGACCACAAGAUGCCCCAAGGCAUUGAUACUGUCCUAGACGAUGCUACUCCCCACAUCACCCCACCUACCCCCAGUGCUCUCAGCAUUUCCACCGCCAGUAUUGCCUCUUCCCAGUACAAGCGCAACACUAACCUUAUCUCCAGGACAGAGCCCCAUCUCUCUAGCCUGAACGACAACUCGGAUUCCCAGACUCUGACUAAAGAGGUUCGGUUCACUGAAGCUGUGAGGAAGUUGACUACAAAAGGCUACGAGAAGAUGCCACAGCAAGGUUGCCAGUUUGAACAGUCUUGUGUUGCAAACCCUAGUUUCCAGUGGAGCCUCCUCAACAGGAGCAGGCGGUGGAAACCUGUGGGGGGCCAGCGGUUUCCUCUGGAGGAUGCUGGGUCUGAGAGUAGGACCCCCCCUGGUGCCUCAGACACCCUGGGAUUGGACAGUACAGUUUUCUGUACUAAAAGGAUUAGCAUUCACCUCCUUGCCUCCCACACCAAUGGGCUCAACCCCAGCCCUGCCUGUGAGUUUGUACCUGACCCCACACCACUUGAAGAAGAUAGUGCUUCCCCCAUCCCCCCUUCUCCUCUUCUGCCCCUUGAUGUAGCUGAAGUGACCACCUGCCUCUGUUCCUUCCAUCUGGGCCAGCUUGGGAAGAAGCCUGAGGAAGAUAAGGAGCCAGAUCCACCUGCUAGGGAUUCCAGUUCAGCUACUAACCUGCAGCCAGACCAGCUUGAGGUUGAAGAUAUAGAAGAACUAGUAGGUGGUUUAGAAGACUGUGGCAGCCACGAUGGGAAUGAGGAGGACGAGGGAGACUCUGAGUGCUCCUCACUAAGUGCUGUCUCCCACAGUGAGUCGGUGGCAGUGAUCUCUCGGAACUGUGUGGAGAUUGUGACCAAACCCCUUUCCAAUCAGGAGAAAGUUGUCCGACCAGCCCUCAUCUACAGUCUCUUCCCCAACGUGACCCCUACCAUCUAUUUUGGCACUCGAGAUGAGAGAGUGGAGAAGCUUCCCUGGGAACAGAGAAAGCUGCUCCGGUGGAAGAUGAGCACAGUGACCCCAAACAUUGUGAAGCAGACCAUUGGACGGUCUCACUUCAAAAUCAGCAAGAGAAACGAUGACUGGCUAGGUUGCUGGGGUCACCACAUGAAGUCUCCCAGUUUCCGAUCCAUUCGAGAGCACCAGAAGCUAAACCACUUCCCAGGCUCCUUCCAGAUUGGGAGAAAGGACCGGCUGUGGCGGAACCUGUCUCGCAUGCAGAGCCGAUUUGGCAAGAAGGAGUUCAGUUUCUUCCCCCAGUCUUUUAUCCUGCCCCAGGAUGCCAAGCUUCUGCGUAAAGUCUGGGAGAGUAGUAGCCGCCAAAAGUGGAUUGUGAAGCCACCAGCAUCAGCUCGAGGCAUUGGCAUCCAGGUCAUUCACAAGUGGAGUCAGCUCCCCAAACGCAGGCCUCUCCUGGUACAGAGGUAUCUGCACAAACCCUACCUCAUCAGUGGCAGCAAGUUUGAUCUGCGGAUCUAUGUUUACGUCAUCUAUGAUCCUUUGCGCAUUUACCUCUUUUCAGACGGACUUGUCCGCUUUGCCAGUUGCAAGUAUUCCCCUUCCAUGAAGAGCCUUGGCAACAAGUUUAUGCACCUGACCAACUAUAGUGUCAAUAAAAAGAAUGCCGAGUACCAGGCCAAUGCUGAUGAAACGGCCUGCCAGGGCCACAAAUGGGCACUGAAGGCUUUAUGGACCUACCUAAACCAGAAGGGGGUCAAUAGCGAUGCCAUCUGGGAGAAGAUAAAAGAUGUUGUUAUCAAAACCAUUAUCUCGUCAGAGCCCUAUGUAACUAACUUGCUCAAGAUGUAUGUGCGGCGGCCCUAUAGUUGCCAUGAGCUCUUUGGUUUUGACAUCAUGCUUGAUGAGAAUCUUAAACCCUGGGUCCUGGAAGUCAACAUUUCCCCAAGCCUCCACUCCAAUUCUCCACUGGACAUCAGCAUCAAGGGCCAGAUGAUUCGUGACCUCCUGAAUUUAGCAGGCUUCGUUCUACCCAAUGCAGACGAUGUCAUUUCCAGCUCUGUCAGCUCUGGCAGCUUUUGCAGUUCCAGCAGCUCCAGUACCAGUCUGCCCGGCUCUAUCAGGGACAAAUGUCGAAUGAGUCCCGAGCAUUUCAUGGCACAGAAGUUGAAGAAAGCCUAUUAUCUGACCCAGAAGAUUCCUGACCAGGAUUUCUAUGCGUCUGUGCUGGAUAUUCUGACGCCAGAUGAUGUUCGGAUUUUGGUUGAGAUGGAGGAUGAGUUUUCUCGCCGUGGUCAAUUUGAAAGAAUUUUUCCCAGUCGAAUCUCUUCUCGCUAUCUCCGCUUUUUUGAGCAGCCACGUUAUUUCAACAUUCUCACUACCCAGUGGGAACAGAAGUACCAUGGCAACAAACUCAAAGGAGUAGAUCUGCUUCGGAAUUGGUGCUACAAAGGUUUCCACAAUGGGAUAGUAUCUGAGUCUACGCCAUUGUGGUCUCUGCCGACAUCACUUAUGACUGUCUCAGAUAGUAACAGGAUGCUCAAUACCUUCAGCAGACCAGAGCCUGGCCAGCGGGGGGAGUCUACUUCCUCAAAGGACAGUGAGGAUACCAGCAGAGAGUCCAGUCUUUCCACCCAGAUAAAGUACUCGGGGCGGACCUCGAGACUUUCUGAUUCCUCCACUUGCCAGUCACCCAUUGACUCCCUCGGGACUAUAAGCCCAUCCUGACUGGCUGCCUCCACACGCCCCUGCCCAGGAGCACUGAUGUCAGCUACCUCAGGGGAUCUGGCCUGCCAACCAGCCUGAGCCCACCCCUCCACUUGGCCCCUCUGAUAUCAGAGUAUAUUUUGAGUGGUUCUGUUGUAGAGAUGGGCAUCUGGAGGGCUGGGGGAGUGCUGGUGAUGGGGAGAAGGUGAGGAAGCUUCACCCUCUGUCACCUGUCUGCCUGGCUGGCACCUCAUAUCUCAGUAGAGAAGCUAGUGACAGCCAGGCAGCCUUAUAAAGCAGGGUUUGGUUUCUACUUUCAGAGAGCCAUGUGUGAUUUUGUUUUAGGUCUUGGGGCACUGGUUGCAGCUCGAGAAGAGAACACAUGCUGAAUAUACUUGUCUCCUGUUCCGUAUCGAGGGAAUUCCUCUGAAGUUUCUCAUUUCCUCAGGUCCUGAGUCAUAGCCUUCCCCCUCCCCAUGGUGCUCAGGGGCCGCCUGCAGAAACCUUCCUGCUUUCUAACAAGCUCAGUCUGGUAGCCUGGCAGCUGGGUUUUAGGACAAUUAACUAUUGUAGAAUGGGCUUCUAGUAGUCAGAUCUCUGACUAAAUUCACUCAGCGGAAUCUACCUCCUUCCCCAGACUCAGGACUCAGUAAACAGCGAGUGCUGAGUAAAUGUUGACUGAGUGAACUGUGCACACGGAGAUCUCCAAGGACAGCACCUGAACCAGAGGCUCUGCCUCUCUCCAUGGCAGUGUGGAGUCUAGGGAAGCCCAGGGUGGGAGAGUGUAGGUCAGAAAGGUUAUUUUCACUUGAACUAUUGUCCCACAUCUCCCUGCACUCCUGGAUCCUGUCCUCCAGUCCUUGCAGACUCUUAGUUUUUCUAGUAGCAGGGCAAUAUAAGAAACCUUUGGCUCAUGUCUUUUAUAUGCAACCUUUUCCCUUUGCAUAACUGGCCGUGUCUAUGCGGUCUCAUGCUUGUCUUUAGCUGUCCUCAUUCCUCUUUUGUGACUCCUGUAAUCAUAGAUAUGGGGAAUGGGUGGAGUCCUGGAAUGACCACUAGAAGCCUGGCCUAGGUUCAAGGCCACAGAGUCGUGCAUGGUAGCCAGUCCUAAAACCAGGUUGGUAAUUGUAAAGAAAGCUUAUUGGCCAAGCCCUGCGCACCACCAGAUGCUGAGAAAUCCCAACUUCAAAGUCACACCACAGUAGGGAGGUCAUUGACAGUCCUGGGAAAAUCUGGUAUCUUUAACUUCUUUUCUUUUCUGAAUGCAAUAUUCUAGUGCAGAUGUGACAAGAGAAAUAAACAAUCUUUCUAAGAGAAAACUAGCCCCUGCGUAGCUGGUUUUCUGGUGCAAGUCUUAGAUGUGGGGGUCCAGUGGAGCUGGCUUACUCCUUGGAAAAUAACUUCUGUUCUUUGGCCCGCCCUCGCUCGGUGAGUUUCUGUACAUUCAGCACAGCCAGUCUUUCUCCAUUCCCCAAACUAGAGCGCGCCCAGGAUGGCAACAGGAUAUGAAUAGGUGAGGAGAGGGGAACUUGGGGAAUGAAAAAAGAAAACGGCUUUUUAAAUUGUUUAAAACAAGUUUAUACAUGUCCUAUGUUUUGCC